ACCUACGGCGAUGGUUGGGUUCGAACAAAAACACAGCCACAAGACAAAACCCUCCCCUCUCUCUCCCUGAACUACUUGCAGCCAAAAAGAAUGAAAUUUAGGGUUUAUCAGAGAUUCUCCCUCUUCGCGCUCAACACACGUCUCAAUCAUCUAUAUCGACAGCGUCGCUGCUUCACUUCAUUUUUCCGGAAGGCACAAAUCACUCAAGCUCCUAGAGCUUCCAUCAAUGGCGGAAGUGGUGGCAGUUCUCAAGGUAAUCCUUUUCUUUUGCCUGGUGCAACUGUGGCAACUAUACUGAUGCUUGGCACUCUUCAUGCUCGUCGUCUCUAUGUUGACAAAAAGAUCGAAGAGGCAAGGGAGAAAGGAAUUGAAUUUGAGUUCCAACCUGAUGUAAAAGCUACCUUUCUAAGGUUUCUACCUCUGCGCUCCAUUUCAAGAUUUUGGGGUUCCUUGACCAGCGUGGAAUUUCCAAUCUGGAUGCGUCCACACGUUUAUAGAGCAUGGGCUCGGGCAUUCCAUUCAAACUUAGAAGAAGCAGCCUUGCCUUUGGAGGAAUAUGCAUCUUUAAGGGAGUUCUUUGUUCGCACCCUGAAAGAAGGUUCCAGGCCUAUUGACUCUGACCCACGUUGUCUGGUCAGUCCUGUGGAUGGUACUAUUCUAAGAUUUGGAGAAUUAAAAGAAGCAGGGGGUAUGAUUGAGCAAGUUAAAGGGUUUGCCUAUUCUGUUCAUUCUCUUCUUGGUGCAAGCUCAUUCCGUCCUAAAUUAGCUAUAGAGGAUUAUCAAGAAGAGGGUAGUGGACAAGAAAGCACUCUUAGAGAUGGGAGAAAGAGGUCAUGGUGGAGAAUCUCACUGGCUUCUCCCAAAAUCAGGGAUCCUGUACCAACAUGCCCAAUGAAAGGCAUUUUUUACUGUGUACUUUACUUGAAGCCUGGAGACUAUCACCGUAUACAUUCUCCUUCUGACUGGAAUGUUCUUGUUCGUCGACAUUUUCCAGGUCGCCUUUUCCCUGUCAACGAGCGCGCUGUAAGAACAAUCAGAAACCUCUAUGUUGAGAAUGAAAGAGUUGUGCUGGAAGGUCAGUGGCAAGAAGGGUUUAUGGCAAUGGCAGCAAUUGGUGCAACAAAUAUUGGGUCUAUUGAGCUUUUCAAUGAACCAGCACUCCGGACAAAUCGGCCAAGAAAGAAGUUACUGCACUCGGAGCCCCCAGAAGAACGGGUGUAUGAACCUGAAGGUGUCGGUGUGAUGCUCAAGAAAGGGGAUGAGGUAGCUGCUUUCAACAUGGGAUCGACAGUGGUGCUCGUCUUCCAAGCUCCCAUAUCAAAAUCACCAGAAGACAAAGCUUUGUCAUCAGAAUUCAAAUUCUGUAUCAAACGUGGGGAUAGAAUCCGCAUGGGAGAAGCACUAGGGAGAUGGCAUGAUUAGCAGCAACCAGCAUCACAUUUUUUGUGCUCGUACAAGAUUUCUGUUGAAUCAAUUGUCUACACAAUUAGCUGAGACUUGGAUUUCUAUGAUUUUGUUCUGUAUUUUAAUGGGUGGAAGGUGUUACAGAAAAAUUCAGUUGAUUCUAAGUGUUUAUUGCUCAAAUUUAUUGUAGCUUCUUAUCAGGAUUUUAUGGUAAUGAUUGACAAGGAUUUGUUUAAA